AUGGCCGCAAAUUUUUGGACUUCAACGCAUGGAAUGCACUGGUUACUUAGUCGUCAUGCUCUCGCUGAAUGUAGAAAAGUAGAUUUAAAAGUCGUGACUGAACAAGAGUUAAUCAAAGUUAACAUAUGGUUCGCACAAAUAAUAACUGAACUUGGAAGAAAACUCUCAGUACGUCAAGUAAUUAUUGCAACGGCCAUUACUUAUUUCAAACGAUUUUAUACAAGAAAUAGUUUUAGAAAUACCGAACCUAAUUUAGUCGCCGCCACAUGUAUGUAUUUAGCAUGCAAAAUUGAAGAAUCUCCACAUCAUAUAAAAACCGUUAUCGCAGAGAUGAAAGCAAUCAUUAUAGAAGAGUUAGAAUUUAAUAUGAUAGUAUUUCAUCCAUAUCGUUCGUUAAUGACAUUGGCACAGGAUCUAGGUACCAAAAAUGAUGAUGUACAAUGGGCUUGGUAUAUUAUAAAUGAUUCUUAUCGAACUGAUAUGUGUUUGUUAUAUCCGCCACAUGUUAUUGCCACUGCUGCUCUUUAUUUACAAAUAGCACUUAAGGGGGGAGCUCAGUAUGGUGAUUAUUCGCUUACAUCGACUACAAGUAAUGCGAAUAAUAGCGGUGCUGCUGCUGGAGUAACCACAAGAAAUGCAAGAAGGGGUGCUGGUAAUAAUGCUGGUAAUGUUAAUGAAACUCCGAAAGUAAAAGAUAUUAGAUUAUGGUUCGCUCAAUUAAAUGUUGAUUCGGAACAGAUAAUAGAUAUUGUACAAGAAAUAAUAUCAUUAUAUGAAUUAUGGAAUGAAUAUAGUGAAGAAGUUAAGUCAAAUGGAUUGCACGAAUUAUUAUCAAGAUUAUUAAACAAAUGA